AUGUCGAUCACUGGCCAGUCCCAUGCCAGGGACUCUGAUUUAAUUUCCAUUACCAAGUCCGCGGAGACUGACGACAACAAGAUUGCCAUGUGUGUUUCCCUGGAGUUAGCCAGGUGCCGUGCUGAGAACUGGCAGCUGAAGAAGAAGCUAAUCGAGUACGAGGUCACCAUCAAAAAUCUGGAGAAGCUGGUGGCCACUAUUGCAAGCAAGCAGCACCAGAUCCUUAAUGAGGUGGUGGAGCUACGCAAAGAGAGUCGUGCUGCUUCGAUGGCUGACUUAUCCAUCGUACCAGCAUUAUCCUAUGAAAUGGAGAAUUCCUCGCUUGUGGAGGAUGACGAGGAGGAGGAUGGCUACAAGGCCGACUCAGAUUCCGGGGGCUCGCUUUGCCCGUCACCGCGUUCCUCGUUGGCUUCAACGGCUUCGGCAUCUUCGGGCUCGCUUUGCCCGUCACCGCUUUCCACGUUGGCUUUAACAGCUUCGGAAUCUUCGGUCGCCUCUUUAACUUCGUCGGGCUUAUCCUCGAUCGGUUCGCCGGAUAACUCUGACUUUAUUUCAGUUUCGGAGAACGAUUUCAGUCCCGGCGAAGCCACUCGCUCAGAAGAGGAUGAAGAGGUUCUGUAUACCUUGGCCACCGAUAGCGAUGGGGAUUAACUACGCUUAUCUUCGCUUAUCUAUUAUUAAAUGCUUAUUCGAGUUGCAUAAAUAUAAUGAGUCUUAAAACUCCA